ACAGGCAAAUGCAUGCCGCUGUUGGAAAAGCGAAGUUUUUACAUUGGUUUCGUCUUUGUGGUUCCUCAACCACCGAAUCAAUGGUAGUUGUGCCCCCACCAGCCGGUUAAGCCAUGAUAAACAGCGCCGAUGCUGUUUAUCGGCAUUUGGCCGCCAGCGGCCCGGCUGGGGACCUGUCUCCAGCCAUUCGUGUAAUGAUCGAGGGUUCUGGCAUGACCAAGUUCUUCAACAAAAGCCGCAGGCCAGAAAGGCGAUCGUUCUUCUUGAGGCUUGAUACAUUUGAUAUUGCUUGGUUUCCUGCUGGUAAAGUGGGGAAGAAUGCCACCCCUGAGGGAACAGUGGAUAUUCGUGAGAUCCGCGAAGUUAGGAAGGGCAAGUGCAGCCGAGAUUUCGAGAGGAACGUGGAUGAGGCGAAGCGUUGCGAUGAGAACGCAUGCUUUGUUAUCCUUUAUGGAAUGGAGUUUCGGCUGAAAACGCUAAGCCUUGUUGCUUUUGGAAAGGACGAGCGAGAUACGUGGUACAAAGGCCUAACUCACCUGAAAACCACCAAAGCGUAUUACACUUAUCCCAUGAUCACACAGAGAUUUUUGUUGCGGGAGUUUAGAUCAAGAGGCGAUGGCAAAGCUUCUGAUAAAAAUGCAACGAUGAUGACAUUGCCUGAGAUGAAGCGAUUCUUAGCAAGAGUGAACUGCAAGAUGAGUAAUAACAAAGCAAGGCAGUUGUUUCAGGAAUUUGAAAAAGGAAAGAAUGGUCUCUCGUUCAACUCCUUUCACGAUAUGUACAUCCAGUCUUCAAUGGCUAGCGGAUUGGCUUCCGACGUCGUGACAAAGUUCAAUGAAGUGUCGAAAGAGCGGGAUCUUCGAAUGCAGCUAAAAGAAAACCAAAGUCUUAACAUGUCCGACUUCCAGAAGUUUCUGUUUGCUUUCCAAGAACAGCUCAUGGAGCCGCCUGCCAUUAAGCAAAUGUUGGGCACUUACUGGGCCAACACACAGCCGAAUGGUGCCAGCGGCGCACUGCUGACGUUUUAUCAAUUUGUCGACUACUUGUUCUCCGAUUACAACAGCAUCAUUUGCCCUGAGCACUUGAAGGUGUUCAUGGAUAUGACCCAGCCUCUCUCUCACUACUGGGUAGCAUCAUCGCACAAUACGUACCUUACUGGUGAUCAGUUUCAAUCUGAAUCGUCGUGUGAAGCGUAUGUGAGGUGCCUUCACAAUGGCUGCCGCUGUGUGGAGCUGGAUACGUGGGAUGGUCCUGAUGGCAAUCCUAUCAUCUAUCACGGCCACACACGUACAACUAAAAUUCUCUUCAAGGAUGUUGUGAAGGCCAUUGCCGAGCAUGCAUUUAUUGCCUCAGACUACCCUCUCAUUCUAUCCAUUGAAAAUCAUUGCAACGUGCAGCAGCAGAAAGUCAUGGCGCAGGUCUUCAAAGAAGAGCUUGGGUCACUAUUACUGACGCAGCCUGUUGAUCCCAAUGCCACAAUGCUACCCUCACCUGAAGCACUGAAGAACAAAAUCAUCAUCAAGCACAAGAAAUUGCCAUCAGGUAGCGAAGAGUUGAAGUUCACUGUGUCAACUGAUGAUUGCCAAGAAGAAGAUUUGUCCAACUCUUUGCACAACGGCUAUCUUCGCAUGGAAGACAAGCUUGAUCAUGUGUGGCGCUGCCAUUACUUUGUGCUGACGUCAACCAAGCUGUUCUAUUCCGGAGCUCAGGAGAUUGAAGAAGAACCAGAAGAAGAUACUAAAGACCUGGAUGAAGUGGCACAGAGCUUUAAGGAACCCUGGUACCAUGGAAAGAUGGCGAAUGGCCGAGUUGAAGCUGACCAGUUGCUGAAAGAUACGUCAGAUGGAUCGUUCUUGGUGCGUGUCAGCAACUCAGGAAACAAGUCAGCAGACGGCAAGCAGGCAGUUUCCUACUCAUUGUCAUUUGCUCGACAUGGCAAAGUGAAUCAUGUUCGGAUACACACAUGUGAAGAUGCUGGCAAGGAAAAGUUCUACAUGCAAGAGAACAUGCUCUUUGACAGUCUGUAUGCACUUGUCGAACACUAUCGAGCUUAUCCGUUGAAGAGCUCUGCAUUCAGUAUCAAGCUCGGCGACCCUUGUUCAUCUCCCAACCGACAGCAAUCAUAUGAAAAUCAGCCAUGGUUUCACAAGUCUAUGUCAAGAGAGACAGCUGAGAACAUGUUGAAGCAGGUGCACUAUGAUGGUGCCUUCUUAGUGCGAGAAAGUGAGACACAGCAAGAUGCUUUCGCAAUCACGUUCCGAGCUGAUGAUGUUCUGAAGCAUUGUCGAAUCACACUGGAGGAGGGUAAUGUCUUCACUAUUGGAUCAGCAAGGUUUGAGAAGGGUUUAGUGGAGUUGGUCAACUAUUACCAGAAGAAUCCUCUCUACAAAAAGAUGCGUCUUCGCUAUCCCAUCAAUGAGGAGGUUUUGAAGAAGCUUGAUCAUUCACCUUCUGCUCACCUUGGUGCCAGCACUGGUGCUAUUCUCACUGAGCCCAAUAAGCCUUCCGAAUCCACGAUUCCCAUUUCUGUGCAAGCCAAGUACGAGUACAAAGCGAACAAGGAUGAUGAGCUCUCCUUCUGCGAGUACGCUAUCAUUACAAAUGUCCGCAAAUUCGAAGAUGGCUGGUGGAAAGGUGACUACAAUGGACAAGUCAACCUGUGGUUCCCUGCCAAUCAUGUCGAAGAGAUUGAGCCUCAAAAGAAGAAGGAUGAACGACCCCUUGGUACAUUGCAAAAGGACUCCUUCGAUAUCACUGGAAUGACUGUUGAGAUCGUGAAGAAGAACCCGAAAUCCCCAGCCUCGACUCAAGGCUAUCGAUUCAUCAUCGUUCCUCGAGAUCCGAUGAAGCACAUUGAAGUUGCUACAGAGACUUUUGAGGAAGUUGAAGAGUGGAUACGGAAGAUUACCCAAGCGAAGGAUGACCUCGCAAAGCGUACAACUGAGACUCUGCAGCAGGAGAGAACCCUCAGAAUUGCCGUGGAGCUCUCUGACCUCAUUGUCUACUGCCGCUCUGUGCGCUUCAAUGAAGAGAAGAUACAUGGUAUGUACUAUGAGAUGUCAUCGUUUGCAGAAGGCAAAGCAGAAAAGUACAUGAGCAAGAAGUUUGCAGCCAAGUUUGUCAAGUACAACUUCUUGCAGUUAUCGCGUAUCUACCCUAAGGGUGCAAGAGUGGAUUCUUCCAAUUACGAUCCAUCGCUGAUGUGGAACUUUGGCUCCCAGUUAGUGGCUCUCAACUACCAGACACCGGAUCGGCCCAUGCAGCUGAAUGAAGGUCGUUUCUGGAUCAAUGGAAGAUGCGGCUACGUUCUUCAGCCAGAAUGCAUGCGUUACAACAAGAACUAUGACCCCUUGGACAUCAACACCUGGAGGGACAGCGUAAACCCUAUUGUUCUGGAAAUUGCGAUCCUGUCUGCUCGCAACCUUGUGAAGCAAGGCCGUGGCAUUCCUUCGCCGCAUGUUGAAGUGGACUGCAUUGGUCUGGACAUUGACAGUCACAACAAGUACAGAACAGCAACGAAGAGUGAAGUGGGACUGAAUCCAUCAUGGGGUGAAGUAUUCACCUGGGAUAUUGCCAAUCCAGAUGUUGCUCUCAUUCGAUUUGUGGUCAACUUCAUUGAUGUGUUCUCUGAACCUAACUUCCUCUGUCAGUCAACCUUACCUAUUCGAUCAUUACGCAAUGGUUUCCGCUCUAUUCGCUUGAAGAACGGCUACAGUGAAGAGCUUGAGCUCAGCACUCUACUUGUUCACAUCACUAUUCGAAAUGUCAAUGCUGAAGAAGAGGAAGCCUAUGGUACUAUGCUGGACAUGAAGGCAGAAGAAAUGGAUAUUCGCAGAGAGCUGAACAACGCCAUUCAGACUAAAGACAAUGAUAAGGUCCAAACUCUGAACAAGCGAUUGGAAGAUUCCAAGGGCCAAUGGCGCAAGUUCCAGACCCAAAUGUCUGGCAAUCCCCAAGUGCCAGCAAGUAGACCAAGGAGAACAUGAACAAGCUCAUGUGAUGUUGUCCAGCCCAUCACAUCUAGAAAUGUUCAGUUUGCCGGCGAGUUUAUCUGCAACAAAGAAACCCUGCCCUUCCGCUAGAGACGUUCUUGCUCUAACGGUCUUUGUUGCUGCGUUCAAUGGCUCUCUUUUACAUUACCCACCGGCCAUGGCCAUUCUCCCGAAGAAGAUAUCUUGAAAAAUGAUAUGGUUUUGCUGCUAUAUCCAGCCGCUCAGAGGCUGACGCUUUUUGUAAAUGUGCCUUGCUGAAAAAUGUAUACUUCUCUGUACAUGAAUGCCUCAUCGUAUUUGAUGUUGUGUCUUGAUAUCUGUAUUCUCUGAACACAACUUCUAUCUAUUCACUGCCUAUUGUUCACGUUUUCUUUUCUUUUCACCACAUGCUGAUCUACUCACUUCGUUUAACUCUGUCUUUGUUUAGACGCUUGUGCAUAUACUCAUUUGCAUUUAACCCCUCCCCCUCCCCAUCACGCAACAUUGCCAUAUGUGCCUUGUUCUCAUCUCCAAUUUUUUGUUGCUGUCCUGGCUUCUUUCCCAAUAACUGUGUGCUAAAGUUGUAAGCCGUGUGUAUAGCCC